UUUCCGCACGGGAAAAAAAACCAAUGGCUGCUUUUUAAAGAGACUUCUUUGGGAUGGCCGGCGGUGGGGGCGAUCCGAGUGAAUAAGGAGGGGAAAAAAGAUAAUACCACGUCGCAAUUGCGCAAAGCCGACAUUACCCUCCCCGGACGGCUCGUUUUCAUCACAAUCUGCGGCGUUAAGUCAACCCGGAAGCUGAGAAGGGCGUAGAGAUCCGUCCUUCCCGCCGAGCCUUUGUUUUCGAUCUGGAAGCGUCUGAAGGAUCCGAGGUCACGUCUCGUUUCCUGCCUGAGGGUCGGCAGUCUGCGAUUUCCUCUAUUCCCUAUGGCCGGUGCCCGGGCGCUGGGCGAAAGUGGUGGGGGCGGUGUAGCCGCCAUGGACUAUUCAGUACAUGAGGCUUGGAACGAAGCCACCAACAUUUACUUAUUGGCGGUGCUGGCCAGCUUGGCCCUGUUGGUGUACGCCCGCAGAAAUAAGAGGAAGAUUAUGAGGAUUUUUACAUUACCUCCAACUGUAGAAAUACCACCUGAACCAAAUUUUUAUGACAGCAUGAAAAAAGUCCGUCUUCGCCAGCAAUUAGAGAUGUAUUCUAUUGCAAGGAAAUAUGAUCACCAGCAACAACCACAGAAACAGACUGAUAGUGUACAGCUUUUGGUGGAAUGAAGUUUUGAAUUUCUGAAGUGCUGAGGAUGUCAGAGCGUUGAUGAUAAUUAUUUGCAGUGCAACUUUAAUGGUAUUUAAUAUUUUUAAAAUGUGCACUAAUUGCAUAAUGUAUGAUUUGACUAUAGGCUCUGAAUUUAUGUAUUACUGUAAAAAGAUUCUCUAACAUCUGAAAAAUAUAUACAUACAUACAUACAUACAUACAUACAUACAUAUAUACAUACAUAUAUACACACACACACACAUACAUACACACGCACAUGCAUACAUACACUGCUAUUAUUUCUUAAUUCAUUUCCAGUAAAAAUAUGAGCUCAUAAGAGCACUGCAGUUGCUUCAAAUCUUCAUUUGAGGGACAGAGGCACAUACUAUUUGAUGUGCCAUAAUGCUGCAAGUAAUUCAGCUACUUCUUAAAUGAACAGUUUCCCACAGUGGGACUUUUAAUAAACUGCAUUCAAUGUGACAGAUAUAUAGAAUUGUAAUGCGUAACUGAAUAUACAUAAAAUAUGAAAAGUUUAGGAAAAGUAUUUCUGUUUGCAGCAAUUAGAACAGAAAUUAGAGCAAGGAACAAACAGUCCAUUCUGUGAAUAUGAUAAAACAAGAAUAUUUUUGCAUUUGUCGUUUUAAUUUUUUUUUUAAAUUCUAUUGAAUUCUGAAAUUAUUUCUUUA